AUUACAGCAUUCCACGUCAAGUUUCUUCUUAAAAGACCAAAGGUUCUGACUUUAUUUCAGGAUAAUCCUUUGGCCAAAGGUUAUCUGGAAAGACACUGGCCAGAUCGAAUAAAAUGUUGGACAUUUUUUCAUACACCUAAGCUUGCUUUUUGAAAAGAUUGUUUACAUCAUUUUCCUUGCAGCAAUCCUCAAUAGAAUACGGUAACAUGUUAAUAAUUGAUGGUAACGUAUAAGAUAACCUACAAUAAUAAUCACAUCGAACAACUUCAACACAUGUAUCACAGGUAUCAUAUAACGACAUACUUGCAGUAUUUCAUUGCAAAUUCAAUUGUGUCCUCCUCUUGACGUGUUUAGAACCUUUAAUAAUCGCAAUAGAAAGGAGAAUGUCUGCAAAUCAGAGCUCUACAGAGGUAACAUUAUCCAAUAAUGGACCUUAUGGAACUAUGUCAGAUGGGAGACAAGUUGACAGUUUCACAUUCAAAAAUAAGAAUGGAAUGGAGGUGACAGUUCUCACGCUAGGUGGCACUAUAGCACAAUUGCUGGUGCCUGAUAACAAGGGGCAAUUUGAUGACGUCACGCUUGGAUUUGACAACUUAGAAGGAUAUGCAGGUCCAACCAAUAGAUUUUUUGGUUGUAUCGCCGGUCGCUAUGCCAACCGUAUAGGAGGUGGUACUUUUUCUAUAGAUGGAGUCACUUACAACACCCCUAAAAAUAAUGGCGAGAAUACCCUCCACGGUGGCAAAGAAGGAUUUAAUAAGAAAGUUUGGGAUGCCAAGACUGACAAUAACAGGCUUAUUCUCUCAUAUGUCAGUGCAGACGGCGAAGAAGGAUUUCCGGGUCAGGUGACCACGCACAUGACCUAUCAACUGACCAAUGACAACGAGAUUAUCAUAUCAUAUGAAUGUACAACAACUAAGCCAACACCAAUCAAUUUGACCAAUCACUCAUACUUUAAUCUUGCCAUCAAGGACAAGGUAGUGCCACCUAUCUAUGACCACAAAGUAUGUAUUAAUGCUGAGAGGUACACACCAGUAAAUGAGGCACUCAUUACUACGGGGGAACUGUCUCUUGUUGAAGGAACGGUGUUUGAUCUCAGUACACCUACGCAUUUGUCCCUGGAUAGACUAGAUGAAGUUCCAGGUGGUGGAUAUGAUCAUAACUUCUGUAUACGAGGACCAACUGGCAGAAGACAUGCUGCAAGGAUUGAGCAUGAGACAACAGGGAGAGUCUUAGAUGUGUUUACGAACCAACCAGGGAUGCAGUUUUAUACUGGUAACUUUCUAGGCGGAUUUCCCGGUAAGUCCAGAGCCAACUAUUCCAAACACACUGGCUUCUGCACAGAACCACAGGUCUUCCCAGAUUCCCCUAAUAAGUCCAACUUUCCCGAUUCAAUUCUGAGACCAGGAUCAACGUACAAGCAUGAGAUUGUCUUCAAAUUCUCUGUAACAGCUUAACUCUCUAAAUAUAGAUGGCA